CUGAUUAAUUAAAUAUGACAUGUGUCCUUCUUCUUUGCAUACAUAAGCCAUAAAACUAAGCUUAAGUUCUGGAUUGAUCGGAGUGGUCAGUUAUCGGUGAUGUAAAAUAAAUAGAACGCGAAUUUUCAGCGUGAAAAGCAAAUUCCUCAAGCAAAAUCAGACCCAACAAGAUAUUGUGAUAUGGGCAAGUAGACCAUUUUUCGAAAAAGUUGUAUUUAAGUAUUUCUUGUUUAAUGCGUAAACUUGCAGAAAGUAUUUGUUACGAGAAGGCAGGCGACACCACCAUUGUACAAAAGCCAUCAAGAUUAAGGAGGCAUGUUAUCCUUUGGUAUGGCGGCAGUUUUGCCUUGAUCGUCACCCUCGUUUUUGCAUCAUGUACCAUUUUGAUGAACGAAGUUUGUUCUGCAAUGAACAAAGAGGAUAGUGGUAUUUACCUUGAGCAUGAACCGUUUUUGGAUUGCUACAAAGAGCCAAUUCUUAGGGGAGAAAUUGCUGGUCUCUCGGAUGCUGCUGACGUCUUGCAAAAUCUUCAUGAAAAAUCCGUCAUCACUGGUACGGCAUGGACGGCUUGGUCAACCGUGAAGAAUACGCUGGCGCGGCACAUAUGCAAAGUGGACGUUGGCGUGGAUUGUUCUGGAUUGGAUUUUGUUGUGAAAAAAAUCAACGUCGACCGAAAGUGGUCAAAAGAUCCACCCGUGAUUAUUGUCACGACCAACUGCAGUGUUCCUUCAGGGAUCAAACUUACGGGAAUAGUGGCUGUCGACUAUUGGAUCGAUGGAACUGGAGCUAAUUGUCAAAUUCAAAAUUCGACUGACAUUGUGACCUUGAAGUCACAAAAGUACAGAGGAAUGCAUUACACUAUUUUGGUGAUUGGGAGAAAUAUUGGUGGCACAGGAAAUGACGUGGAGUCGUGAGGCGAUUAUUAACUGCUUGCUGCAUCACCUGAAUUGGUUUGUCGAAUUUUUUAUGAAAAUGGGUUAGUUGUUUUAGAAAAUAUAUUACAUGUUAAUUCCUUAUUAAUUUCAA